CUUAUAUCUUUCGCGGACCUUGCAGAUUGCCCAGAUCUUUCAACUUUAGCGCUGGACAUUUCCCAACAUGGCAUCUGCCACUGGAAGCCUUUGCACACAAGCAGCCCAGCUUCUUUUCGCCCUCUUUAUUUUCAUUUCCUUGUUCAUCUCUUACGCCCUCGGCAAGGCUCUAUACAACGUCUUCUUCCAUCCUCUUCGAAACUUCCCUGGGCCCAACUUAUGGGCUACGAGCCGUGUCCCCUAUAGCCUCGCCCAACUUGGCGGGAAGCCUCAUAAGCAACUUCUAACCCUCCACGACAGGUACGGUCCCAUUGUCAGAAUCGCCGACAACGAGCUAUCCUUUAUAUAUCCUGAUGCGUGGAAAGAUAACAACGGCCAUCGCAAAGGGGGCGUGCCUGAGAACAUAAAGGAGCCACUGGCCAUCCUCGGCAACGAACACAAUCUCUUUGGUGCGAACCUUGAAGACCACAGUCGUAUGCGCCGCGUUCUUUCGCACGGGUUCUCCAUGCAGGCCAUGAAGGAUCAGCAACCUCUCAUCUCGGCUCACGUUGACCUCCUACUACAACGGCUGAAGAAGCAUGCAGCCGGAGGGACUCGGCCUAUUGAUAUGGUGUCUUGGUAUAACCGCGUCACAUUCGAUGUCAUCAGUGACUUGUCCUGGGGUGAGCCGCUGGGAUGUCUAGAGAAAGAGCAGGACCACCCGUGGAUCGUGGCCCUGGGACACACAGUCAAGUACCAGCUAUACCUUGGACUUGCUAAGCGCUUUCCUCUCUUCACCAACUUACUGAAAGCAUUCAUCCCAAAGGAGCUGACCAGACUGGAACAAGAGAACUUUGCGUUGGCUGCAGCGAAUGUCGAGAAGCGGAUUGCUCUAGCAGAUUCCCGCCCAGAUUUCAUGGAAUCAAUGAUCCGACAAAAGGGGGAUAGGGAGAUACAAAAACAUGAAAUGGUCAGCAAUGCCUUCCUGCUCAUGCUCGGUGGCUCCGAAACGUCCGCAACCGCACUCUCAGCAGUCACGUACUUCUUGACCUCUCACCCAGCGGUUCUGUCCAAACUUACCCACGAAGUCUUCUCUACUUUUCAAUCGGAGGAAGAAAUCAACAUCAACUCUGUUCAGAACCUCCCAUAUAUGCUAGCCGUUCUAGAUGAAACCCUACGGCUGAACCCGCCCCUUCCUCACUCUUCGCCGCGGGUGGUGCAUAAGGGAGGCGAUACUUUCUGUGGGUUCUAUGUACCGGAAGGCACCGUCGUUGGAAAUCCCCAGUGGGCGAUGUAUCAUAGCUCUCAGAACUUCACACUCCCAGAGUCUUUCAUCCCAGAGCGCUGGCUGGGUGAUCCUCGCUUCGUCGGUGACCAAAGAGAAGCCAGGAAGCCCUUCAGCUUUGGACCAAGGAACUGCAUUGGAAUGAACCUCGCAUACACAGAAAUGAGGAUUAUUCUUGCUAGGAUCAUUUGGAAUUUCGAGAUGAAACUUUCUGAUGAGAGUCAAAGGUGGACUGAGGGGCAGGACGCGUGGGUUGUUUGGAAAAAGCCCGCGUUGAAGGUGUACUUGACACCUCGGGAUUUGCUUGAGUCCAAGGCUCAUUAGGAGGCACUUCUUGGGCGGGGUAUGACCUCCGCUCAUGAUGGACUUCCAAGUCAUGGUGCAGAUUUCAGAGUGUUGCGGUCAAUUCCUGCUUGGACUAUCUUACUUCACAUCAGCUCCAAAUAUGAACAGCGAAAGAGGGAGGUGUGAGAACUGAAUUUGAGACUGGUUGUUGAACGAC